AAGGCUGAAACUUAGGCUCAUCCAUGACCUACUAAAAUUUAGAUUGGCGACGUGAGGACGUUCAGCUGCCACAGCCAAUUUUGCUACCAUGUUGGUCAACGGGUUUAUUAUAUGCGUUGUCAUAGCAGCCUGUUGUUUAAUAGGUGACGCCCAGGUAGAUCAUCCGUGGAAUGAAUUUACUGACUUGGACGAUUAUGUUAACAGACCAGACUCAAACUAUGCGUAUCAAAGGAUGGCCGAGUACAGAGAGAGUAACUCUACUGUAUACAUCAUCAACAUGACGUCCCAAAGAUGGAUGAACGACAACGUAACCAGCCAGUCAAUCUGGUGGCAUUGGCUCUAUCUCGCUAUACCUGACAACGUCCAGUACUACGAUUCUGCCUUUCUCUACAUCCAUACGGGCAGCAAUAGGAAUCCCAACUCAAUACCAGGACCAACGGAUAGCCGAGUGAGACAAUCAGCCUCUUUUGCUGAGUCUAUGAGGGCACCUGCUGGGUAUCUCAGGCAGAUCCCCAACCAACCCAUGGUGUUCAGUGAAAGUCUUGAUCCCGACCAGAUUGAGGUAACCGAGGAUGCAACAAUCGCGUUUACAUGGCGCCAGUGGAUUGAUGACACCUCAACGUUACCAGAGUUCAUUCUAAGAUUCCCCAUGGUUAAGGCAAUUAUGAGGGCAUUUGAUACGAUAAAUGGCUUCACCAAGGGUCUCGAUGCACGAUACAACAUUGAGAAAUUCGUACCAGCUGGCGAAUCCAAGCGUGGUUGGACGACCUGGUUGACUGGUUGUGCUGACAGACGAGUGGUGGGUAUGGUACCUAUGGUACUAUCCGUCAUAAAUCUACGAACCGUAUUACACAAACAUUGGCGAACUAUGGGCGGUUGGACAUUUGCUUUUGGUAAUUAUUAUGUAGAGGGUUUGACGGCGGAUUUGGACCAUCCCAGAACUCAACUUCUUGCCGAUCAAGUCGAUCCUUAUAGUUACCGAUCGAGGAUGACAAUGCCCAAGAUGUUAGUGAGUGGUGCUAGCGACGAAUUCUUCCAGAUUGAUGAUCCAAAUUAUUUCUGGGAUGGCCUAGUUGGGCCGAAAUUCCUCAUGAAUGCACCGAACACAGGGCAUAAUCUGGCUGGUCAAAGACCUGGAAUAUACAGCAACUUGGCAUCCUUCUUUAUUAACGUCAUUGAGGGUUUCACCUGGCCUCAGUUUGAAUGGAGCAGACAGGAUAAUACGGCGGGAAGAAGUGGCACCAUUACUUUAACGAGUACUACCACACCUAUUAAUGUAACAGCUUGGGUUGCACGUACGACCAACCUUACAGAGGAGAGGCGCGAUUUCAGACUGAGGAUUGUUGAUUUUGAUAACAUUGAUAUCAUGGAAAAUCCAGUGACAUGGGUGGAGGAAGCUGUUGAGGAUAGGGGCAAUGGAAUCUUUUACAAGGAAUACAGCUACCCAAACACUGGCUAUUUAGUCUUCUAUCUAAAU